GCGCGGAGGCCCUCCCCGCAGCACGCGAUGACGCAGGCGACAGGGUACGGCAACGCCCCGUGGACCGCGAACGCGGAGGACGACAUGGAGAAGGAGUACGAGGCCAUCCGCAAGCAGCGCGACUCCAUGUGGCUGCAGGCGGUCUCCUGCCUGGUCCCGGCCUGGGGCGUCACUGGCCGCUCGCCGCUGGUGGCCACCGGCAUCUCAGGCGUGGACCACUGCAGCUACCUGCAGGUGCAGAGCAUCGCGGCGCCCCAAUCGCCGGCGUCGCCUUACGUGGAUCUGACCGAGGACUCGCCACAGCAGCUCGAGGCCAUGCUCAUGAGAGCCAUGCCCGACCACUACGACGACUGAGCGUGAAAUGUGGGGGAGCCGUAUCCGGGGAGGGCUUGACAGGUUGGGCCGCGCCGCAGCGCUUCUCUGUUCUCUCUGCCCCAUCCUUUGGUCGGAGG